AUGAAGGAAUUUAAAUGCCAGCAUGAGAAUUUUAAAUUUGAAGCUUUAGGCGCCCUAGAGCCAAUGUGGAUGAGCAGAGACAAGGAUGAUGGGGGCUCUGCAAUUGCGAAAAUAAUUGGAAAAAAUGUACAGAAGAUUCAGAAAUUUGCCACCACGGUUAAUAUGUGGGUCUUUGAGGAGCUGGUUAAUGGCAGGAAGCUAACUGAAAUUAUAAACCAAGAACAUGAGAAUGUUAAAUAUCUGCCUGGACACAAGCUACCUGAAAAUGUGGUUGCAAUUCCAGACGUGAAGGAUGCUGUACGUGGUGCAGAUCUGUUAGUGUUUGUUAUACCACAUCAAUUUAUCCGUAAACUUUGCGAUGAGAUAGUCGAUCAUGUGCCACAGAAAGCUCUUGCCAUAAGCCUUAUAAAGGGAAUUGAUGAAGGGCCCGAAGGAUUAAAAUUUAUUUCUGAUAUAAUCAGGGAGAAAAUGAAAAUUGACGUUAGUGUAUUAAUGGGGGCCAAUAUAGCCAAUGAGGUUGCAGCGGAUAAAUUCUGUGAAACUACAAUAGGCAGCAAAAAUGUGCAAAAUGGAAACAUUUUCAAAGAGCUCUUGCAGACAUCCAAUUUUCGGAUAAGUGUAGUGAAGGAUGCGGAUACUGUGGAACUAUGUGGAGCACUAAAGAACAUUGUUGCUGUUGGUGCCGGUUUCUGUGAUGGCCUGCUCUGUGGAGAUAACACUAAAGCUGCUGUGAUUCGCCUGGGUUUGAUGGAAAUGAUUGCGUUUGCAAAACUCUUUUGCAAAGGAACAGUGUCUGAGACAACCUUCCUGGAAAGCUGCGGCAUUGCAGAUGUUAUUACAACUUGCUACGGUGGACGAAAUCGCAAAAUUGCAGAAGCUUUUGUAAAAACAGGAAAGACCAUUGAGCAACUGGAACAGGAGAUGCUGAAUGGCCAGAAGCUCCAAGGUCCUCAGACCGCAGUAGAAGUGCACCACAUUCUCAAACAGAAGAAAAUAGUGGAUAAGUUCCCUUUGUUCACUGCAGUGUAUCAGAUUUGCUAUGAAGGCAAGCCAGUGAAAGAAUUGAUAGCCUGCCUGCAAAGUCACCCAGAACACUUGUAAAAUGAUGGAUUAUAUACAAUGUUCCUCUUGCAUGGGGCUAAUACUUAAUAACCACGUGUGGAUCACCAACUAGAAGAGAUCAUGUUUGACUAGCUAUGAA